GAGAUAGAGAGAUAGAGAGUGAGAGAAAGGGAGGCAAGUAACACAAGUUACAAGCCUACAAGCCUACAAGCAUGGGCAUGGAUAGGCAUUGGCAUUGCCUUUCUCUCUGCCUGCUUCUCGUCCUCGUAUUACCUAAUGCCUAUGCAGCAAAUGAUGCCCCAGAUUUGAAGAGUAAGCGGCUUUGCAGCCAGUGCUCCAAAUGUGAUUCAAGUAAAUGCCCUGCAAGUGAAGCCUACCCCCAUAUGACAGCAUUUGAUGACACUCUUAUUGCUGGUGCUUUACAGUCUGACUAUGUGGACUUGAAUGACAAAGGAAUUUACUCAGUGCCAGAUAUCAAAGGUGGCCAAUCAGCAAAACUAAAUGCUUAUUUUGGCUGGAAAUCUACUUCUGGUUCAGCUUCUGGUUAUCACAGGUUUAGCAACUACAUGGACAAAUGUUCAGGUGGACAAACUUACCUCACUGUGGACAAGCAUGGCAAGGUUAGUCUUCAGUUGUUGAGCUCGCUAAAAAACUUGGCAGAGGCUGACUGGAAAUCAAUUAAUCCACCCAAGAAACUAAAUCACCGCGAGUUCCGCUUCUGGGUCUCUCGCAGUACAGGAAAAUGCCUCACUGUAUUUGGAGGCAACACAAAGAAACGAACUGUAGGUGUGGCCGAGUGCAAGUUUGAUGGCUCAAACCCGUACCAGCUGUUUGCCUUCCGCUUUCAUUACCACAAAGCCUUCUGUUGUUGCGGUGUUCACAAUGAGUGAUGAAUUAUGUUUUAAAAGAGCCUAAACUCAAAGCUCUAA